AUGAAAUUUUUGAAAGAGAUAUUGACAAAGAAAAGAAAGCUUCCGGAGUUUGAAACUGUGGCAUUAACUGAAGAAAGUAGUGCAAGAGUCCAAAGCAAAUUGCCUCCUAAAUUGAAGGAUCCGGAGAGUUUUACUUUACCAAUUUCAAUUGGAAAUUCCUGUUCAAUUAAUAUAUUGUGUGACACUAGUGCUAGUAUCAAUCUAAUGUCGGAUUCUGUUUACAGGGAAUUAGGUCUUGGUGAAGUCAACUCAACAUCAAUAAAGCUACAACUAGCUAAUAGAACGAUCGCAAGGCCACGUGGUAAAUUUGAGGAUGUACUCGUCAAAGUAGGAAAUUUCAUAUUUCCUGUGGAUUUCAUUAUAUUGGACAUACUAGAAGAUCGAGAUAUUCCAGUUAUAUUGGGUCGAUCAUUUUGA